CAGCUAUAAUAAUAUAUAUAGGUCCUGCAAUGCAAGUACAGGCAGUUAUUAUCAGCAUCCAGCUGUUUUAUCUUGCUGCAGCCACACUGAUAUCCACCCCCCCUGUGGCUUGUCCUGAUGACACUGUCACCUUCACCUGCUCUCUGCCUAGUGAUGUUGAUGGGGCCAUUCUCUGGACAGUAACUCCACCGCCAGGGUUGAAUACAGUCAGUGUAAAUGGAGUAGUGAAUAACAUUGGUAGAACAUUAACGCUUGGUACUGAUGAGAUGUUCAUGUUCCGAGCUGCUUACUCUGGACUGGAUGGAGGCAUGGUCACAUCCACUCUCACCACCCUCUCUAUGGUGACAGUGCUGGCUGGAGCUAUGGUACAGUGUGAAGACUUGGGAGGAGCAGGAGGAGGUCUAAUACCCAUCCGUGUGGCUGAUAUCCCCUCUCCUCCACUGAACCCAGUACUGUUCUUCAAUCAAAACCAACCCAGCUCUUCCAUUAUCACUCUGGACUGGGACUCCCCCUCCUCUACUAGUGGUGUGUCUAUCAGCUAUGUCCUCACCAUCUCUCCAACACCCCUCUCCGGGUCACCAGUCACCGUGGAGACCACCUCGACAGAGAUCACUGUCUCCUACAACACACCCUACAAUGUGACCAUCAGAGCUGUCAACUGUGCUGGAAUGAGCAAUGCCUCAAUAUUGGCGAUACUCUCAAUAGUUACCUGUUCCUCUUCCCCCUCUACUGCCAGUGGAGUCGUGAAUGAUCAAAUACCCAGUGUGCCUACUGUCGGCUCAAAACUAAACUUUGGUUGCUCUGGAGAAAAUCAGAUGAGAACCUCUACCUGUGGUAGUGAUGGACGAUGGAAUCCUGACCCUGAGGAUUUCAUGUGUCCAAUAGUGGAACCUCCAGUGACAUGUCCAGUUCCCGGGGUCCCCUCCAUGGGUAGUGUGAGCACUGUUGGUCAAUCUUACACAGAGGGGUCACAGGUCACAUAUCAGUGCAAUGAGGGACUGUUCCCCAUGGGUGUCCUGACUUCCACUUGCGCAAGAAACGGACAAAAUGUAGUGUGGGAGCCUGACCCCAGUACGGUGGUGUGUAGGACAGUUCCAGUCAACUGCACUCUUCCUACCGAGCCAUCCAACGGUGCUAUAGUGGACUAUGAGAGGUUGAACGAGACAGUGUUGGAGGGAACAGUGCUGACUUACCAGUGUGACAAUGGACUCUCACUGACUGGACCCAACAACAUCACUUGCACUAAUGCUGGAGUCUGGAGCACUGAGCCUAAGGCAAUCAUGUGUGUAUCACCAACUGAAGGUCCUACUGCCACCUCCCUAUCCAUUGGUGCAGUUGUUGCUAUCAGCGUAAUUAUUACUUUCUUUGUGGCUGCCAUUCUUGGAUUCCUCACUGGACUCCUAGUGAUGCAUCUUUCCUCUCGUAAGAAGGCAGUAUACUCUCUAGCACCUGAAGGACAAGCUAACGUAGGACCCACACCACCAGCUGGUCCGGUUUAUGAGGAGGUGUCACCUAAAGAAGAGAUGGAACUGUACACUAACCAGGCGUAUGGACCAGUAGGACUGUGA